AGUGAGUGGGAGUUCUUGCCACCGGGUGAAAGCCCAAUUGCAGGUUAAGUAAUAAUAAUAAUAAAAUAAAUGGCAUGUGUUAACAACAGGAAAUUUUAGGAUUUAAAAUAAAUCCCUUUGUCAUUUACGCCUGUGUUCCACAUGUCUUUGAUUUGCUUUUUUGUUUGUAUUCGAGUGUAUUCUGACAAAUAUUGUAUCUAUGGAAAUUUUGUUAGUCAUUCUUGUUUGGAUUCGUGUGUCAAACUCGGAACGGCAUUGUUACAAUGGCUUCCUACUCCGAGGACCAGUUGGCUGAGUUCCAAGAGGCAUUCAACUUAUUUGAUUCACGUGGUGACAAUAAGAUUCAUGUGAAUCAGAUAGGGGAUGUGCUGAGGGCACUGGGACAGAAUCCGACCGAAUCUGAUGUGAAAAAAUUCACUCACCAGCACAAACCAGAUGAGCGUAUAAGUUUUGACGUGUUUCUACCCAUCUACCAAGCCAUCUCAAAGAGCCGGACGUCAGACACAGCUGAUGACUUCAUAGAAGGCCUGCGUCACUUCGACAAAGAUGGCAAUGGCUACAUAUCGUCUGCAGAGCUCAGGCAUCUGCUGACAACUCUUGGCGAGAAGCUGACGGACGAGGAAGUGGAACAGCUGCUGGCCGGCCAGGAAGACUCGCAGGGCAACAUCAACUACGAGGACUUUGUCAGGAUGGUCAUGUGUGGUUAGACAAGCGCCAGCAGUAACCUCGAGUGUGCAUGUACGUCAUGGGAUCAAAUACUUGGUGCAGAAAAAAAAAAUUGGCUGUAAAUGUGUGGAUGUAGAUGUUUUUGUAUCUAGGACCAUUUGGAAUUAGUAUAUUCACACUGGAAUUAUAAAAAUUUUCUUUUAACUUUUGCUGGGGAAAUUUUACCUUCUUAAACACAGUGAAUGUUGAAACAGUGUAGUAUUUCAACCUCCAAACUCUACCCUGAAUAAAAGUAACUUAUAUAUGCUUCAAACUGCUUAAAAUUAACUUCCUUAUUAUUUCUUCAACAGUUGGCAGGAUGUAGCAUAUUUUUCUAAGUCAUACAAUCCAACUUAUAAUACUUCAGAAUAUAAAAGUAAACUUAACUUAUGUGUUUGUGUUCUAGAAUAGUUUUGUUUUGAGCCAGGUAUACUCUCCAUGGAAGGCUUAACCUGUACUUAUUAAUCCAAACUGUAAUCUGUCAGUUUUGUAAACUAUUACAAGUAAUUUAAGUUGCAUAAGUUCAUGUAAUAAUUUCAUUUGUUUGCACUCAACAUAAUUAAUCUUCAACAGUAUGAUUGCAUUUAACUGUCUUGUUGUUAAGGAUCAAAUUGAUACGUUGAGCAACAUAAUGUGACUAUUGUUUAAAACUAGUGCAACAUGUAUGGACUUUGUAAUCAAAACAUUCCAAAUUUUUUAUGAAUGUUUUUAUAGUCCUUGGAAUUUUUCUUAAAUAUAAUGGAGUUACGUAACAAGAAUGUUAAAAAAUAUUUAUUUAUUAAAAGCAUGUCUAAAA